AUGGAAGAAAGAUCAGAACAAUUAUGUGUAGAUGUAAAAAAGAGGAAGCCAUUCAAAAGAAUUACAACAUUUCUAAAACAAUUAGCAAAUAUACAACCUGAAAUUGUAGAGUUUGUUGCAACAAAAUUUGGAAUAUUUGGUGGUAUUGUAUAUGAGAAUCCUUGGUGGUUUAUAUUGGGAUCUAUUUUAAUUACAUUGAUUUGUUGUAUUGGAUUUAUUCCAGGUAUCCCUAAAUGGGUCGAUUCUGCUGAACAAUUGUACUCUUUACCUUAUAGUUUAGCUAGAGAUCAUGGAAUAUUACAUACUAAAUUAUUUAGUAAUAUACAGAGUAGAACUCAAUUGAUUAUAGUUACAUCAAACACACCAGGAGAGAAUGUUUUAACAUGGGAAUUUUUAGAGAUAGUUUCUCAUAUAAAUAAAUUGGUAAGGGGAGAAAGUUUAGAUGCAGUUGGUGGUCGUAGAGUUGGUGUUAAUAUUGAUUCACGCUUAUUAGGUUCAAAUCAGAAUACAAAACUUAAUAGUGAAGUUGAUACAGAUCCAUUUCAUUUACCAAAUGAUGUAUUUUUGACAUAUAAUGAUAUUUGUACAAGGACCUCAUUUGAAACAUGCUCAGUUCAAAGUGUAAUUGAGGCUGGUAUAUUGGAUAUGAAAGCUUUAUUAAAUGGUAAACCACCUGAAUUAUAUAUGUUAGGAGGUUUUGUAUUUAAUCUUCGAAAACAAGCAUUUCUUCCAGAUUAUAUACUGGGGAAGAUGAAGACAAUUCCAUGUAUAAGAACAUUACCAACUGAUUUAGUAUCUAAAAUAUUACAUCCAGAACUUCUAAUGCCUUCUGAAAAAGGUCCAGGAUUUUCAGAUGUACAAAUAGACUGUAUUAUAAGUGCUGAAGCUUUUCUAAUGGCAUAUGAGAUAUUUGAUGAUAAGACAGAUGCAAAUAUGAUUAGAAAUAUGAUGUGGGAACAGGCCCUAAUUAAUAUUUUAAAGGAAAAUAGGGAUUGGGGACGUGCAAGAUUAUCAUUCAGUGCAUUUAGAAGUCGUGAUGAUGAAUUGAAAGCAUCUACAUCUGAAAAUUCUGAUAUAUUACUGGUUGGUCUCACGUUUGCAUUAUUAUUCUUUUAUGUUGGAAGUGCUAAUUUCAGUUUUGAUUUGUACAAGAUGAAAACAUAUAGUGGACUUGCAGGAUUAUUUGCAGCACUGUUAGGAUUAGCUUCUGGUAUGGGAUUAAUGUCAAUAUGUGGAGUAUCUUUUGUUCCAACCGUUUUAGUUACUCCAUUUUUGAUCAUGGGAGCAGCUGUUAAUUAUCUUUUUGUAAUAGUUAAUGCAUAUUCAACUGGGUAUACAAUAACAAGUACUAAAGAACGUUGUAUGCUGACUUUACAAGAUAGUGUGAUUGGGAUUUCAAUUACAAUGUGUACAGGCCUUGUAUCAUUUUCAAUAGGAGCUGUAGGAGAACCCUAUAUGUCAAUAAGGAAUUUUUGUAUUUUUUCUGCAGCUUCCAUCAUAUUUACUUAUAUUUAUGUCUUUAUAUUUAUGUUUCCAGUUCUUUGUCUUGAUGCUAAACGUGAGAGCAUAAGACGAUUGCACUUUUUCAAAGUUCCAAAAUUGACUGAUGCAGAUAUUUGGGCAAAAAAAGAAGCCUUAGAAGGAAGAUCCUUACCUAUUGAUAAGGCAACUUCAUUUGCAAUUGUUAGUUAUAAUUUAUCGAGAAUUCUAGAUGAGUAUAAUAUUAAACUAUAUCCAGUAAAAGAUUCUGAUUAUUAUAACAAAUCUUUAACUCAAAGAAUUAUAAAAAGUUUAUUUCAUUUACCUAUGAAGCAGAAUCAUCUUAUAUUAGAUCAGAAUAAAAUUGAUACAUCAACUAAUGAAAGUCAAAUUAUAUCAUCAAGCUAUACAGAUUGUAGUAAUAUUUCACAGAAAUUUUAUGAAAAUAGAUUAAUAACAAGAGAGUUAGAAUAUGAACAAGACUCUUCUAGAAAUGAAAUUUUUACUGAGGACUUAUCUUGUUAUAACCAGGUUUCAAAUAUAGAACAUUUAUUACAAACUCUUUUGGUUGAACCUCCAGGAACUGUUGGUAGAUCAACGAGGCGUAUAAUGCUUCAUACAAUUGGACCUUUAAUGGCAACACCUUUAGUAAAGUUUGCAGUUUUGAUAUUAUGGAUAACUUUUUUAUCUGUAUCUAUAUAUGGUUUUACAAAGAUGGAAAGUGGCCUUGAUCUUCGUGAUUUAGCCCCUAAAACAAGCUAUCUACAGGGAUUUGACAGGGAUUUUAUUCAAUAUUUUGGUGAGUAUGAUGUACCAACAGAUGUUUAUUUUCCAGAAACUUUAGAAUGGUGGAAGCGUGAAGUUCAGGAGAGAAUCUUUGAUUUCGUAUUAACAUUAGAAAAAUUAGAAUCUACAAAGAGAGUUAUUGAUCCAUUACAAAAUAUCAUAUCAAAUCCAAAUUUAGCUAAAUUGCUCAGAGGAGGAUCUAAAGAGAUAUUUCAAACUACUUUAUAUGAUGAGCUGUAUAAUAAUCCGGACAGUAACUAUAAACAGUUUGCAUAUGACUUUGUUUGGAAGGGCAAAGAACUAGUAACUUAUAGAAUCAGACUUUUUGUUAAAGGAAUGCAGACAUCUCAACAAAAAGCAGAUUGGAUGAGUGCAAUAAGAGCAGUUUGUGAGGCUGAAGAGAAACAUCCUAAAUUACCUUUUAAAGUUGUAGCAUACAAUUAUAUGAUGCUUUUUUAUGAAAGUGACUUGAGUAUACUAUCUGAAUGUUUUUCAAAUAUGCUAAGUUGUGGAAUUGCUAUUGAACUCAUUACACUUAUGCUGAUACCUGAGGUAAUGUCUGGAUUAUUUGUGAUUGUAUUGAUGGCUUGUAUAGACAUUGGGUUAUUUGGAUUUAUGUAUUAUUGGAAUGUUAAACUUAAUAUGGUAAGCAUGAUUAAUUUACUUUUAUCUAUGGGUUUUGCAGUAGAUUAUUCAACUUUAAUGACACACACAUUCUCUCAUUGUUAUGGACAAACAAGAAAUCAUAGAAUGAUUGAGUGCUUAGGAUUAAUGGGAGCUCCUGUAUGCCAUGGUGCUAUGUCAACAUUUUUGGGUAUUAUUGUUUUAUCUGGAAGUACUUCUUACAUUUUUACUGUAUUUUUUAAAAUGAUGGUAAUGGUCGUUGGGUUUGGAUUCUUCCAUGGUAUUAUUGUUCUACCUGUAUUAUUAUCAAUAGUUGGAAGAUUGACUGGUAAUACCAAUGACAUUGAAUUGGAAAUGUCAAACUGGUUAAAAAAUGGAUAUGAAAAUAAAAAAAAGAGCUGUGAUUGUAGUAAACCUACAUUAGCAAUUCUUUCUAGGGAUUUUCAAGCAAAUAAUAGUUCAACUCAAACCUUUACUAGUAAAGAAUAUAAUCAAACUGUAGACUUUAUUGGUCCUAACUACAAGAAUUAA